AUGAGCACUCAAGGCCCGCCCGCCAACGCAAAGCAGGCGCAGGCUGCUGCACUAACUGAAGUCGAGGCUGCACAGCGGCGUAAGCGCGCUCUCGAUCUCAACCUCGCCUCGAUCGAAGCGACGAUUUGGGCGCAGGAGACGAGUUACCUCGAAGAUACGGCUACUAGUGGGGGCAAUAUCAUCAAGGGCUUCGAAAACUACCUCAAAGCGCCUACGGUGACCUCACACCACCGCCGCAAGAACGACCCAACCGAGGACGACAAGCUCUUCUCGGGCAGCAGCACUUCGUUUAACCCGAUGAACCAGCAGCGCUAG